UCUCAGUUUUUUUUUUUUUUUUUUGGGUAUUUGUUCAAUUUGUGUGAGCCAUUGACGGUGGAAAAUGUGAGACUUUGCGUUGGGAUAGUCAAUAUAAACUGGAGAGUAUUGGAUGGAGAAGAUCUUUGUGUGUGGGCGGUAUGUUUUGGGGCCGUGGUCGCAAAGGUACAGAGUCCAGACUGCAGAGAGAGUGAGGGUGACGAAAUGCUCUUUGUCCUUUGCAAAAUUUAACCAAGUGAUCGUAGGGUCAGGCUCUUUGUUCUUCUAUACUUUGCAUCAGUUUCCUCCAUUCUGCACAACACCAAAUGAUACCCUGCCCCCAAGAUCACAUUAGUCUCAUCUUUACUUAAUGGCCCUUAAUGACCCAGAAGCCUUCUUCAUGCUCUUGAUUUGAACAUGGUUUAAGCAUUAAUGGCACUCUGAAUUUCUUCAACAUGUAUUGUUUAUUGCCGACGAAAAUGGCUGAAGGGGAGAAGAAUGACUUUGGUGCCAGGAGAAAGCUUCUAGGGAGACGAGGAAAGAGAGAAGAGAGAAGGAAAAAGGGAGAGGGAGUUUAACUGGAUGCACACCCACCGUAAGUACAGUCUACUAUGUGUUGGGUUUUUACUGCUGGGUGUAAAUGAGAAAUACGCACCUGAGCGUUUUGAAGCCGAAGCCAACGUCUCUGUUAUCAUACUCAUGGCUCCACCGACUGGACAAACAAUUUCCCAAACCACGGGUACCAGCACUGCUGAUGCUGAAACAUACGCGGAUUUCAACUGGGAUGAACUUGGAUUUGGUAUAGUUCCAACGGAUUACAUGUACGUCAUGAAAUCCUCUGAAGGAGAGAGUUUUACUAAAGGGAACGUAACUCCCUUUGGAAACAUUGAGAUGAACCCGUAUGCUGGAAUCUUAAACUAUGGACAGGGAUUGAUUGAAGGUCUGAAGGCAUACCGAAAGGAAGAUGGUCGUGUUUUGCUGUUUCGACCAGAACAAAAUGCUCAGCGGUUGAAGAUCGGUGCAGAGAGAAUGUGCAUGUCAUCGCCAUCUGUUGAGCAAUUUGUUGAAGCUGUAAAGCAAACAGUCAGGGCCAACAAGCAUUGGGUACCUCCCCAAGGGAAAGGGUCGCUCUAUGUCAGGCCAUUGCUCAUUGGAAGUGGACCUGUUUUGGGUUUGUGUCCGGCACCGGAAUACACAUUCCUCAUAUAUGCUUCUCCCGUUGGCAAUUAUCAUAAGGGCCCCUUAAACUUGGUUGUCGAGGAUAAGCUCCAUCGUGCUACUCCGGGUGGAACUGGAGACAUCAAGACUGUCGCCAACUACUCACCGGUUUGCAAAGCACUAACUGAAGCAAGGGCCAAAGGAUUCUCUGAUGUCCUAUUCCUAGACGCAGUAACCAAAAAAUAUAUCGAGGAGGUUUCAACAUGUAAUAUUUUUAUUGUCAAGGAUGAUGUGAUUUCAACCCCAGCAACAGUUGGAACAAUUCUGCCCGGAAUCACUCGAAAGAGCAUCAUUGAGAUUGCCCUUGAUUUUGGUUACCAGGUUGAGGAACGUACAAUCCCGAUGGAGGAUUUGCUUGAAGCUGAUGAAGUUUUCUGUACAGGGACGGCUGUGGUUGUAAGUCCCGUUGGUUGUAUAACCUACCAGGAUAAAAGGGUUGAAUACAAAACUGGAGCUGAAACGGUGUCUCAGAAACUGUACGUAAUGUUAACAGGAAUUCAAACAGGCCGUGUUGAGGACAAGUUAGGAUGGACUGUUGAAGUUGUUUGAGCCUCUUCCCUCUCAUCUACAGCAAAACUUUGUUUUGCCUUUUUUCUUUUAGACUAUGUUGUCUAGAAUAUAGCUUUUUUUUUUUUAAAGAUGUUUUGUCUACCUCACGCAAAAUAAAAGCCAUCGAUCCAUUGCAAGU